ACAUAAUACCGAAGACCGUGUGCUGGGUUGAGUGAUCUAACACGCCAACGUUGUGACACCGUUCUCCAGAAUGUUACUACGACUGAUUGUAUUUGUGGUGUUGGCAGUGGUUGCCACGCGUCUUUGUAAACUUGCGUACAUCUUGGGGUAUCAUAAGGCAAUAUAUAACCAGUAUCCAGGUCCCUGUAGAGUUGUGCCUAAUGUUGAUAAAGGUUCAGAAGACAUAACAGUAACCUCUGAUGGUUUGGCAUUUAUUUCCUCGGGAGUGACGUCACCGCGAUAUAUACAUAAUCCGCGACAUUCACCCCAAUUAGUCAAAGGUCGAAUCUUUCUAUUUGACUUUAAUAACCCGGAUGAAAAUGCUACGGAAAUUUCACUGGUGGGAAAUUUUGGCAGGGAUUCGUUCUAUCCUCACGGGAUAAGUCUCUACGAAGACCCCAAAACAGGUACUGUUUACUUUUGUUAA